UCAUGGUGAUGAUUUCUUCGUUUCUCAUCAUUAUUCAAUUUAUCGAUUCAUAUUGAUUACAUCUUUGACCAAUAAGAAACAGGAAAAAAAUUGAAUAUUCUUCACAUCUUGCUUGCUCUUGUUUUUUUUCUCUCGAAUAAUUCAUAUUGAAAACAACAGAAAAAAAAUCGAAUGAUCAGCAUAUAGUGAGCUUGUGUGCAAUGCCCUCACAGUUGUGAUUAUUUUUAUUUUUUUUUUGUAAAAAAAAAGAAAUAUUUUUCCUCUCCCAUUAUUCCUCUCAAAUCGAAUUCAAAUUGAGAAUAUUCGCCAAAACAAAAAAAAAAUCAAACAAACAAACGAAAGCUAAAAUGUCGACCAGAGAUGCCAAUACUCAAGAUCAUCAUCAUGUCUAUCAAUAUGUUGGGCCAUAUCGGUUGGAAAAAACAUUGGGCAAAGGACAGACAGGUCUAGUCAAAUUGGGCGUUCAUUGUGUGACGGGUAAAAAAGUAGCCAUCAAAAUUGUUAAUCGGGAAAAACUUUCCGAAAGUGUCCUACAAAAGGUGGAAAGAGAAAUUGCCAUCAUGAAAUUGAUUGAACAUCCACAUGUUCUUCAUUUAUAUGAUGUAUAUGAGAAUAAAAAAUAUUUAUAUUUGAUGUUGGAACAUGUCAGUGGUGGUGAACUAUUCGACUAUCUUGUCAAAAAAGGACGCCUUACACCGAAAGAGGCUCGAAGAUUUUUUCGUCAAAUCAUUUCGGCACUUGAUUUCUGUCAUAGUCAUUUAAUCUGCCACAGAGAUUUAAAACCUGAAAAUCUAUUAUUGGAUGAAAAGAAUAACAUUAAAAUUGCCGAUUUCGGUAUGGCAUCAUUACAAAUCGAUGGUUCAAUGUUGGAAACAUCUUGUGGAAGUCCUCAUUAUGCUUCGCCUGAAAUCAUAAGGGGUGAAAAAUAUGACGGAAGGCAAGCAGAUGUAUGGUCAGUUGGAGUCAUUCUAUAUGCUCUUCUUGUGGGUGCCUUACCAUUUGAUGAUGAUAAUCUACGACAACUAUUAGAAAAAGUUAAACGUGGAACAUUUCAUAUACCACACUUUGUGCCUCCCGAAUGCCAAGAUUUGCUUCGACGAAUGAUUGAAGUAGACGCCAACAAACGUAUUACGCUUUCCGAAGUGAUACGCCAUCCUUGGGUUACAGCUGGCAGCAAAAAUGAGCUUGAAUUAGAAUUACCAAUGAAAGAAAUCGUUCAGACACAUAUAACAACUUCGGUGGAAGAAUUGGAUCCCGAUGUAUUGAACAAUAUGACUUCACUUGGCUGUUUCAAAGACAAGGAAAAGCUUUUAAGAGAGCUACUCAGUAUUAACCAUAACACCGAAAAAGUAAUAUAUUUCCUUUUGUUGGAUCGUAAACGACGAAAACCAUCAUAUGAAGAUGAGACUGAAUGCAUUAUCAGGAAUCGUUCCGAAUCAGCCGAUCCACCAAGAAAAAGAGUAGAUACACGUCCUAGUAAGUCAUAUCGAACAGAAAUGUUGGCUAAUGGAUCACCGAUUGCGCCACGACGAUUUCCAUACGGAAUCAAUAGUUAUUCAAGUACCAAAGUGUAUAUUAAUUGUACACCGAAUAGAAGUUUUAAUCGACGUAAUGGCAACAUGACUACCGCUAACGAUCCUAUGAUUACUAAUAAUAAUAAUAACACUACUACUACUAAUAAUAAUAAUACUAAUCACCAUACACCACAUCGUCAUCCAUCACAUCAUCCGGGUGUACAUCCGCCGCAUCAUGAUUCGACAAACAAUUUACUAGUGUCACCAUUAAAUUGUCCCAAAACACCACAUCAUAUUAACAACAACAACAACAACAAUAGUAACGAUGAAUUGGGUGUCAAUACAUCACCAGUGUCGCCGAUAUCACAGCCUUAUUGGAAAUCACGCCUGAAUACACUAAAGAAUAGUUUCCUUGGUACACCAAGAUUUCAUCGACGUGCGAAAAUGCAAAUUCCACUAUACGAAGAUGUUGCUUUGGCAACUGAGCCUACACCUGAUAUGACCAAAAAAUCUUGGUUCGGUAAUUUAAUGGGCAACGAACGAGAAGAAACACAUGUUUUGCUGAUAAAAGAUAAACCAUUGUCGGUUAUCAAAGCUGAUCUUAUUCACACCUUUCUUUCGGUACCAGAUUUAAGUCAUACAGUAUUAUCACCCAUGUCAUUUCGCUUGGAUUAUCGUCGACCAGGUGGCACGACAUCAAUGUUUCAAAGAAAUAUUCGAAUCCAAGUUGAUAUUGCAUGUGCCACACCUCCAUCCAAUGAUGGUUCAAUUCCAUCGCCAAAUUUCGAUACUAGCGCCAUUGAAAGGCCGACAAUUUAUUGUAUUACAUUCACGUUAAUAUCCGGGCCAGUGAGAAGGUUUAGGAGAAUAUGUGAACAUAUAUCAAGCUAUAUUCUUGGCCGUCGAUCGACAUCAGCACCACGAUCACCAAGAAUGAGUCGUCGACCCACACGUGAACUCAGUGAUACAAGUUCCUGUGGAUCAUGUGCAUCGGACAGUCUGUCACCAACGCCAACACAUCUUCAUAUAUCGGAAGAUACAAUAAGUCUAGCAGCAGCUGUUGUCAAUAGCAGUACUAAUAAUUUAACGGGAGCCUUAUCCAGAUGUAAAUCGGAUCAAGAUGCCAAUAAGGACUUAUUCAAACGUGAAGUUAAAUUGUUGGAACGACGAGCAACACAAACAGAUAGUACAGGAGUUCCAAGAAUAAUAAACAUUGCCAAUGGAAGACGAUUGUCAUUGGAACCCAAACUACAUACUGAUAAUGUGUAGCUUGCCUGCCUAAUCAAUGAUCCGUAAUAGAUGAGAAAUGAAAAAUUUAUCGACCAAUUCUUUUUGAAUUCAUACAUUCCAUUCACUCAUUCACAUUCUCUUUCUCAUAUAAGAAAAAAAAAGAAUCUCUCGUCUGUUAUAUAUAUAUAUCGAUUUCAAUUUACGUACAACGUAUAUAUGUCUAAUAAAUAAAUCAACCAUGUGCUUUUGAAUCCAGAGAAAAAAAAAUGCCUCUCACAUAUAUACAUACACGAAAACACAAACACAUUUACACACACAAACACACACACAAAAUUCAAAAACAAACUAGAAGAAAUUUCUAAUUUAGUCCAUCGAUUUUGAUUGAAUAUGAUUAUAAAUAGAAUGCAAAAAAAAAUAACGAAAAGACCAUCAUCAUCAUCAUCAUCAUCAUCAGCUAUUUCAAACCACAUAUUUCAGAAUCAAUACCCCGCCUUGCCAAUACUAAAUGUUGAAAAUGGAAUAUUAUCAUGAAUUAUUUUGAAAAAAAGUGAUACCUAUUGUAAUAUUUACAUUCCAUUGCAAAGAUAAAAAUUCAUCACAUAACCGAACAAAAACCACAAACUGAUUUUAAAAUCAAAAAAAAAAUUUGCAAUUCAAUUUUUUUUUGAAUGAGCAUAGUAUAUGUGUGUG